GCGCUGAAUGAAAGCCCAACACACAUCUUACAACUUGGGUAUCCGGUCACGGUGACGUCAGGUGGACACACGCAGACGACACAAUGUCCAGACAGGCAGACAAGAAGGGACGCUACUCUCUAACCAUGGAGAGCGCGUCCAACUCCAUCGCCAUGAAACAACUUCCGGUUCCCGCCAAGAUGACCUCCGAAGCAGACGAAUGCGCACAUCCGAUUGUUUCCGGGACCGGCGCGGUGGCCACGUGUUUCUUUCUGAUUGGUCUGUUGAUGUUCCUGGUGGCCUUUGCCUCCCACGAUUGGCUGGGGCUGGAGAAGGGUAUCACGAUUAGCCUGUGGCGGAAGUGUACCCGCCAUUUUGAUGUGGACGUGUGGAGUUGUCAGCCUUGGGACAGAACACCAGAUUUUGUCCGCGCUGCCCAGGGCUUCUGUAUCGUGGGGUUAAUGACCUACUCCCUCUCUGUGGUCAUCCUCAUCGCCUACCUCACCGUCCAGCUGCUGCAGAAGAUCCGGGGAGUCUUGAUUGCUCUUUGUUUGUUGAUCUUUACCUCAGGCUGCAUGACCUUGAUGGCCUUGGUGGUGAUGGGGAUCAAAGGACACGACUACCUGAAGACGCUGAAGCAAGAUGACCGCGAGGUCGUGAGGUUCCUGGCCAUGGGCGUGGACGCUCUGGGCGUCUUCUACGUCGGCUGGUCCUUCGUCGUCUCCGUCAUCUCCGCUUUCAUCACCCUGGCCAGCUUCAUGUUCUGCAUGAUUGAGUUCGUCCACAUCAAUGACGUCAUUGACUAA